AUGGCGCCCUUUGCCUGCCUGAACAAGGCAGAUGCUGACGAGGGUGUGGACGUGUCAGAUGACGGCCUCAGUGCUUCCUGCAGUGCGGACGACGCAUGGCUUGGGCUUCGGGGUCGUCCUGGCGUGUUGAAAGGUGCCUACCAGUACGAAGUGGAGUUGAAGAACGACUGCUUGCUUCGUUUGGGGUGGGCAGCAGCCGCAGGGCGGCGAGCCCUGGGUACAGACGAGAGGUCCUUUGGUUUCGGAGGCACCGGGAUGAAAUCGAAUGCCGGCCGCUUUGAGAAGUACGGCGAGAUGUUUGAAGGAAUGCCAGGGGCUGUGAUCACCUGCCUUCUGGACAGACGAGAGCCCCGACGUCACACGAUCAGCUACUGCCUCAAUGGCAAAAACCUCGGCGUAGCCUUUCGACUGCCUCCUUGGCUGGGAGAAGUGCCUCUGUACCCGGCCGUCUGUGGGCGUGAGGACUGGCAGGCGAUCUGUCGGUUCCGUGACCUGCGCUAUCCACAUGGGGGAUAUCGAGACUUGGACGAGGCUUGCAGCCAGCACGUCGUGACCGACGACAACUCGGUCGACGCGGCCAGUGCUGCCGCAGCGGUCUUUGCAGCGGCCCCCUUCGUGGAGGAGAGGGAGCUGCGCCAGCUGGAUGUGCCGAAUGAGAACCUCAUUGAACUGCGGAGCGAGGGAGAGGUGCCGAUUGAUGGCCAGGAGCUGAAGUCUUGGCUCGUGCAGGAAUACGGCAUCAGCAGCGCCGACUUCCAUGCGGAAUACUCGGACGACAAGUGCAUGGCCGUCCUGGCCUUCCCGAGCCACCGGGUCUCCCGCAGCAUGGUGAACGCACCACCACCGAGGAUGAUGGUCCGGCUGAAGUCCAACUUCAGUGAAGAGGCGGAGGCCAUCCUAGCCUUGCAUCGCCCGAACAAGGGCGCCACAACAGACGCCGUGGCGCGGCGCCUCAUCGCAGGUGCCCUGGACGGAGACACGGUCAUCACCAAAGAGCAGCUGCGGCAGAUCCGGGCGAAGAAGCUCCCAUCCGCAGCUUCGGCAGGCUACGAGGCGAAGCGGAAGCCGCCGCCCGCACCGCCGAUGCCCACCUUGGGCUCCUCCUCAGACUCGGAGUCGGCGAGCUCCUUCAAGGCCCCUGCAGCUGAGAAAGAGACGCCGCCUGCCAAGCGGCCCUCUCUGUCGGAGAGGCAGCCAGACACCAGGCCCAAGGACAGCAAGGCCAAUCCUGGUGGGAGCCGGCUGCUGCAGGGUGCCUUGCGUGGCGUGGUCGGGGCGUCCCGAAAGAAGGACGCGGGGUCGAAGCCCGCGAAAGGCGAAGUCGGCAGGAAGAGCGAGGAGAGCGCACAGAAGCCACAGGGUCAUGACGGCUAUGAUUCCCGUGCCACUGACUGUCAUUUUAUGCUGUUGUUCACAUCCCCAGACCCGGCCGGAGGAGGUGGCGGGGCAAAAGCUUUCAACAUCCCGGAGCAGGACAACAGCGCCCUCCGGCGAGUCCGAAACUGGGCUGCGGUGCCCACGUCGCGGCAGAGCCCGGCCUUCGAUAUUCCCGUCAGCGAGCAAUAUCCUGACAGUCAGUUUCCUUUCGGGGAAUGCGUCGAGUACGUCGGAUCGCACGCCUUCCGGACGACAUCUGCGGAGAAGCGUGAGAUGGAGCGGCUCGCGUCCUACGACUACGAGAAGAUCCGCAAAGCCGGAGAGGUCCAUCAACAGGAAGCCUAA